AUGUUCACCUAUGAGAUCCUAGAUGAUCGCUUGUUGCAUAUGUUCAAGUAUAAUGACUAUGACAGUCAAAUAGAAGGGCAAGGAACAUGGUUCGUUUUGAAAUCUCCCUAUUUGGAAGGAGCAUCUAAGAUUUUGCCCUCAAUAAGAAAGAUAGGAGGUGACCGGUCAGGCGGCGCUUGGGAGUUUAUUUGCAUAGUUAGUUAG